GUGAUUGGUGGCUAAUCGGGUGUCUAAACACAAAAUGUGGUAUGGGCGGAGCUACCUCAAUGGGGCGGAGUCGAGUGUCGAUUCAACAUGGUAACGCCCACUGUCAUUACGUAAACCCUUCGGCGCACAUUUUCAAAUCUGAUCAGGAACAAAAGUGCAUUCAUACAAAGCUAAAUACGCGUUGUUUUCAUUUUAAUGUAGCUAUAUAUAAAGAAACAGUUCACUGUUCCAGAAGCUUUGGAAAUAAUCGAGUCACGAUGAGCUCAUCGUCCUCACCCCUUUCCCGGGUGCGUCAGUGGGCCUCACCGUCCCUGAAGCACAGAGGCGCCUCUCCUGUCGCGAGCAGCACCCCGCUCUUCGCAUCUUUCGAGGGAAACGAUGAUGAGCUAGAGCGGCGUCAGAGGCGCAGAUCCCGGGUCAUUGGCCUGCAAGCUGCCGCUGACUCCUCAUUUAAUGAAUCUACCUCUCAUAGCACCAAGGGGACCCCUGCUGCUGUGCCCAAACUGUCAAAUGCACAGAUCUCAGAGCAUUACUCCACCUGCAUCAAGCUCUCCACUGAAAAUAAAAUUACCACCAAAAAUGCCUUUGGUCUCCACCUGAUUGACUACAUGGCUGACAUCCUCAAACAGAAGGAUUCUGAGCUCACAAAUUUCAAGGUGGCAGCGGGUACCUUGGACGCCAGCACCAAGAUUUACGCAGUCCGAGUGGAUGCUGUCCAUGCUGAUGCCUACAGAGUACUGGGAGGACUGGGUGCUGAGACCAAGCCUGGGGAAGCAGGAGAUGGGGGAGAGAUGGCGGAAGGUGCUGCAGGAGAACUGGCUGCCAAGCAGGUGGUGAAGAAGAAGAAGAGGCCUCCCAAAAAGACUGUGGAGCAGAACCUGAGCAACAUCGACAGCUCUGAGUCGGAGAGGAAGUGUGAGGUCGACCCCAUGUUCCAGCGCAUGGCGUCGUCCUUCGACGAGAGCAGCACAGCAGGUGUAUUCCUGUCGGUGCUGUUCAGUGAAGACAGUAGCUGUGAGCUGCUCUUCCCCUCCCACAUGACCCUGCUGCACUCCACUCACUCCUGCUCCCAGUCUCCUCCGCAGCACGUCCCUUCGCUGCCCUUCACAGGUGGUCUCCAGCAGACCCAGGAGAAGAGCUCCAUCUGCCCCUCCCUGGCAGACUUCUCUUUCACCAGCUGGAACCCUGACCAGACCAUGACCCAGAUGCUGGAGAAGAUGAAGCAGGGGGAUCACGUGUUUGACCGGAACGCUGAGGCGGAGCCAGAUGAGGAGUGUCAGGAUUUUGGGGAUCAUUUUGAUGGAGACUAUGAGGAUGGUCAGGGGGAUUAUGGUGGAGAGGGCUCCAAGGAACACAAGGAUGGCUGUAAGGCUGGAGGGACGGGGAGAGGAAGGGAUGUGAUUCCCAUUGGAGGGGGGGACAUAGCCACCAUGUGUCUGCAGCUGUCCAACCAGCCCAGAGAGUACUCCUACUUCAGCCCUAGGACCAUGGCUACCUGGGCAGGUCCUGGCUACUGGCGCUUCAAACCUCUGCACAAGAAGGACAACAUGCCUGAGAAGGAGGGUCGCAAGAGGAAGUCUAAGAAUGCCUUUGAAAUUGACUUUAACGAUCAUGUCAACAUUGAAACCUACUUCUGCACCACUAGAGCUGCUACCACUAUCAUCAAGUCCGCCCUCAGUACCAGCAACAAGAGAACCACUCUAGCUGCAGACUUCCAGUUCCCCCUUAAGACCCUGUCCCAACUCAGCCUCAAACCUGCCAGCACAUUGUGUAAAGAGGGCCAGAAGAGGUUGUCUGGAGAGCUGGAAGGCAUCGGAGACUACGACUACAACAACGCCAACGACACAGCCAACUUCUGUCCUGGCCUGCAGGGUGGGUACAGUGAUGAUGGGGAAGGUUUCAGUAGAGGUGCAGAUCACACCCAGCCUUCUGCAGACAGUAACCUUGCCUCCUCACAAGACCAUGACGACGUGUCCACCUAUGGGGAGGACGACCUGGUGCCAGAACCACACCGGGUGAACAAGAUUGAGAUAAACUAUGCCAAAACUGCCAAGAAGAUGGACAUGAAGAGGCUCAAGAACAUCAUGUGGAAUCUUCUGACUGACAGUCUGGAAAAAACAGCCAAGCAGGAGGUGGAGAAUGCUGAGACUUCAGAGGUGUCUGGGGAGAAAGUCUUCAGUCAGACCACAAAGACCCUGCUUCAAAGCCUGCCCCCCACCAUGGCUCAGAACCUGUCUGUGCCCCUGGUGUUCGUCGCCCUGCUGCACUUGGCCAAUGAGAAGAAUUUGGAGCUCGUGAAGGUGGACGACAUGUCAGAUAUCCUCAUCAAGCAAGGUCAAUGAAAAGGGCUAAACAAUGGGAUUUAAACAGAGACUUGUUUCCUUUUCUCCUCAAACUGCUUAUUCUCACUUUUUCUAUGUAUAUGAUGAAUUCCCGGCCAUUCGUGUCAAAGGCGCCAUCACAUUUAGGUGAAAUAUGUUAUUUCUAGGAAAUGUAUAGUAAGUGUCCCUCAUCUGUUUAUUACCUGAAUAGUGUUAACAUAUUUACCUGUACAUUCAGUAGAACCUGUCCUUUUUUUGUUCUACAUCUAUUGUGUGUAAAUAACUGUGGAGGCUGCUGAGGGGAGAGUGGCUCAUAAUAAUGUCUGGAAUGGUAUCAAACACAUGAAAACCAUGUGCUUGAUACCAUUCCAUUCCAGCCAUUUAUUAUGAGUCGUCCUCCCCUCAGGAGCCUCCACUGGUAAAUAAUAUAAAUGCCUCCCUCAAGACUGUGUAAUGUGUACAUACCAAAAAUAAAAAAAGUUUGUUUUUCUACAUUACACAGGAA